UGGAGGAGGCCCUUUCCCCGGGUGGGGUGUCACCAUGGGUAGCAAGAUGGCGGCCGCCAGUAGGGUCGUUCAGGUAGUCAAGCCGCAUACACCAUUAAUUAAGUUUCCAGACAGAAAAAGUACUCCUAAACCUAAAAUGCAAGACCCCCUACAAUCAAGAGUGCCUCCUCUUCAUGCAUCAUCCUCACAAUUCUCUGCAGGAGGUGGGUCACCAUCCCUUCAAAAUAUUUCUCUCAGUGGUAGAACACAAGGCACACCUGACACAUCAGAAUUAGUAAAAACAUUGCCUCAAAAAUAUCGAAGGAAACUCCUAUCGGUUGAAGAAAUGGAGUACAUCCAACGUGGAGGUCCAGAAUAACACAGAAGAUUGUGCAGUUAGUUACUGCUGAAAAAGAAACUCUUUUAUUCACAACAAAGGCCUUUCUUGCUCUCUGAAUAUGGUAAACAUCUGUAGGCAAACAGCUGUGUUAAUGGCCUUUCUUGAGGGAUGAAUACAUCAAUGUUUCAGAAAGUGGCUGUGUUCCAAAUCAGAAGACAGUUCUGUUUUGAGUAACUGUUCGACUCUACUCAACUAUGGUAUUAAAUUUUUUUCAUUCUACACAA